AUGGGGCUAAGGUUCACCUUUUACAUGUGGAUUUACAGACCUAUAUAAGCUAUUCAGUCUUAUGAGUCUUUCUCAGUCUCACAGAGCAGCAACCCUUCAGGAGUUCACCAUGAAAUUUUUGGCUUGUGCAUUGACCCUCUUGCUGGCUGUCGGCUCCCAGGCCAGGGCCGUCCAGAACGAUGCCCCCUCCUCACUGGAGCAGGUGAGGGCUGCCACCAUGCUCUACAUGAACCAGGUGAAGGAGUCCGCCCAGAGGACCCUGGACCACCUGGAUGGAACUGACUUUGCUCAGUACAAGAUGAAGCUGUCAGAGAGCCUGAAUAAUCUCCAUACGUACGUCCAGACAUCAUCUCACACCCUGACCCCUUACGGCGAGACAGUCUCAGCCCAGCUCACAGAGAUGACUGCACAGGUGCGCGGCAAGGUCAUGGCUGACAUCGACGAGCUACGUAUUCAGCUGGAGCCCAAACGUGAAGAACUGCAGCGGGUGGUACAACAACACAUUGAAGAGUACCGUGCUAAGAUGGAGCCCAUUUUCAAUGAUUACAUGACCAAGAGCCAAGAGGAAGUGGAGGCUUUGAAGACCAAGCUGCAGCCCCUGAUGGAAGAGAUGCGCGGCCAGGUGGCAGUUAAUGUGGAGGAGACAAAAGCCAAGCUUAUGCCCAUGGUGGAGACAGUCCGCUCUAGGCUGAAUGAGCGCCUGGAGGAGCUGCGCAGCUUGGCCAACCCCUACGUUGCAGAGUACAAGGAGCAGCUCACAAGCAUUGCUGGUGAUUUGAAGGACACGAUCUCGCCGCAUACCCAGAACCUGCAGACCAUGCUGGAGCCCUACAUGGAGGACCUGAAGACCAAGGUCAUGUCCCUCUAUGAGCGCAUCGCCCAGGCCAUCAAUGCAUAAACACCAGACCAAGCCAAAUUUUCACAUUCACCUUCCACUAGUACAAAUGAACAAGAAACUGGCUCACACUAAUGAAUUACAACCUUACUGAGGCACUUGCACAUUACCUAAAGAACAACUCAAUUCAUUGGCAACUUGAACACCAGUAAACAUACAAACAUCCACCCAACCAUUUCUGUCAAAUAUAUUCUUGUUAUGGAAGAACACUGUCUGAUUCCAUAUUGCUGUGUGUAUACCAUACUUUGGAAGUGCAGAAGUGCCAAUAAAACCACAAAGUUUCCAAAA